AUGAAUCAAUUCCGGUUGGGCCAGUCACUCGGCACGGUCUCAUCAGCGUCAUUCCGAAGAAGUCAUAAUGAGACACUGAUUGACAGCCUUGCUCAUCAGAAGAGUACCACGUUCGCGUGGGCCAGGACCCAAGCCGGCGAAGAUGAACAGGAUGUGGCAUCCGGGAGCAAGAGGCUACCUCCGUACAUUUCCCAUCAAGCAGGUGUAAAUUGCCUUGCCAUCGAUAACAUCGAGGGGCAUUACUUGUUCUCGGGAGGAGCCGAUUCCGCCAUUCGGCUCUGGGAUCUUGAGGAGCACGUUCAGGACCAAUCUUCAGGACCGUCAACGAUAACUAAAUACACUCCCAAGGCGACACUUACCAAAGCCACUCUAGACUCACACACCCACGCCUUGACGUCCCUCUCCAUCUACCCAUUCGACCCCACCCCCUCGACCCUCCUGUCAACCUCCUACGACAAAACGCUAAAAGUCCAUAGUAUAAGUCCCUCCUCGAUAACACCCAUUCACACUUUCCAACUCGACUUCACGCCCCACAGCCAUUCCAUCUCUCCUCUUCCCAGCUCUCCUCCCCUGAUCGCGGUCGGCACAGCUCACCCUGCCAUCCGCCUACUAGACCUCCGGUCAGGUCUGAGCACUCAUAGUCUGACCGGGCCUAAUGGCGCUGUAUACACCACAGCCUGGUCGCCCAAGGUCUCCCACAUCCUCGCCUCCGGCUCCACGGAUGGAAAGGUCUUCUUUUUCGAUGUCCGGCGGGCAAAUGCGGCGUUUGCAUCCCUAGAUCUCGACGACGCAAUUGGCGUGAUCGGCACAUCCUCGACCAAUGGGUUCGGUGCUCGGAAGGAUUUACUUGAUUUUAAUGCCGUGGCACACAACGGUCCCGUCACAUCGGUUCAGUGGAAUGCGUUAGGUGACAAAAUCAUUACAAGCGGCCAUGACCAACGUAUUCGUGUCUGGGACGCCGCUUCUGGCAGAAACGACUUGGUUCACUUUGGCCCACGAAUCCGAAAUGAACGACAAGGAGAAUCGAGACCUCUGAUUUCACCAGGAGCAUUUCAUCGUCCGGGACAGGAAACUCUCUGGUGGCCGAACGAUGAUGGCAAGGGGAUGAUCUUCCAGCACCACUUACGAGAAGGCCAGCUACUGAAGAUUCUGAGGGCCGAGGGUGUGCAAAUUGGGGAUGUGCAGCAGAAAGUAAAACGGAGCAGGGCUGGAGGAUCGAAUUUAGGUCGACCAACCGGUGGAGGCAGGAUUAAUGGCAUGGUUUGGCGAACUAAUGCUCCGACAGGCGAAGGAGUCGAGAUGUACACCGCGCAUGGCGACGGCAGGAUUUGUGCGUGGUUGCCUUCGUUUACAACUGAGGACGGCCAUGAUGCUGAAGACGAAGGAAAAGACAAGUCAGCGCACCCAGAGAUCAAUGAAGGGGCAAGCACCACGGUUGUUGUCGUUAAUGAGGCCGAGCAAAAAAGAAAACGCAAGAGAGACAUGCUUGAAGACAUGCUAGGCGGCCUCUCGAAACAGGCUCUGAGGCUUGGUUGA